AUGCGAAGGUCAUACGUCUGCCUCUUCCGGCAAUCUCUGAAACGUGGCCACCUCAAUCUCAUUCAAAUUCGAAAUGGGACCUUCUACAAGGAACAUCCGUCCGCCGAUCGCCAUGACUCUUCUUCCAAUCCAGCCCUGUUCCCACACCUGACGUUUGAGCUGCCUGCAACGGUCUACGGCAAGGGCCACUCAGGCGAAAGGAAAGAUGAACACUGGGCUGUCAUCAGCGCAUCUGACGGCGCAACGUUUCUCGAGAUCCUGAGGGGUUCCCACAUUUGUUUGCCGCCCAAUGCGAGGUCCUACCCUUACUUAGCCUCCAGCUACAUCGACGACCGGAAGGACCACCGUCUUCGUGUCCCUUCCCGCGCGAUCCAGUAUGUGGGCUUCAACAGCACGAAAGGGCAACCGGCUGGCGGAUCCGGAGGAGUAAGAGGCGCAUACCUGAGUGCUCGCUACGAGAGUCGACGCGAGGAAACAGAUUGGACGGUCCUGCAAUAUCUCAAAGGCGACACAGAACUCAAUCCUGGACAGAGAGCACCAGACGGCGGCGUGGACAGCCGCCUCCUUGACAAGGUUCUCUCCGACUUACGGUUGGAGAAGUUGACAAACAUGCCGGUGAGCAACCUCAGCAAUGGCCAGACAAGACGGGCCAGGAUUGCCAAGGCAUUGCUCGGCAGACCGCUACUUCUCUUGCUCGACGAGCCCUUCAUGGGUCUUGAUCCUCCGACGCUGGUGAAUUUGUCGCCGAUGUUGAAGAAGCUGGCAUAUCAGUCGAGCCCACUUCUCAUGCUCGGACUACGCCCCCAAGAUCCGAUACCAGAUUGGAUAACCCAUCUGGUUGUGCUUGGCCAUAACCAUACCGUGGCAUUGAUGGGUGAGAAGUCAAAAGUAUUGUCCGAUAUGCGCAGGUGGGUGAAUGUGGUUUCCGCCUCGAAUAUCUCCCCUGCAGACCAAAAAGUGGUCGACCAAAUCACAAGGGGAUAUGGCCUUCCGCUGGCUGGCGUCUCGGGCGAUGUUUUGAGUGAGAAAGGUAUAUCAAGACAUCCAGAAACACUUGAAGAGUCCACUCCUGCGCUGGAAGCCCUCGAGGAAGAUGACAACUCUCUCAGGGACGGACUUGAGACAGAGAAGAAUGACCGACAAGAUCUCAGCAAGCUACUUAGACGUGCCUCCGCCGCUGCUCCCACGUCACCCUCGACACCUGCCUCAGAAUCCACAGUAGCCUCCCAAGAGCAAGGGGAGUCCUCGCCAUCCUUACUCGGCGACAGGGACAGGCAACUCGGCGAUCCACUCAUCGAACUCGCGUCCAUUGUCGUUCAAUACGGCUCCAAAACCGUCCUCGGCCACCCUCCCCCACAACCUGGUCAUAGCACUCCGGGUCUAAACAUGACAAUCUACCAAGGCACGCGUCUCGCGCUCCUUGGGCCCAACGGCUCCGGAAAAACCACACUUCUGUCGCUCCUGACUUCCGACCACCCGCAGUCCUACUCCCUGCCGAUAAAGUUCUUUGGUCGCUCGAGACUCCCCGAUCCCGAGCGGGAGAUUCCGGGGCUGAGUCUGUGGGAAAUCCAGAGUCGAAUAGGGCAUUCGUCCCCUGAAAUCCACCAGUUCUUCCCAAAACACCUGACGGUCAGGAGAGUGCUGGAGAGUGCAUGGGCGGAGACCUACGCGGGGAAACCGAACCUCAGCGCGGAACGCAGUGACAUGGUGAAUCGAUUUCUCAGCUGGUGGGAGCCAGAGCUACGACAAGAUUAUACCAUCGAUGCCUCUGCCUCUGGGACUAAUGACUCCGGAUCGUCCGAUCUCAGCUGGGCGAGCGACAAGCAAAGCCACGCGUUCGGUAUCUUGCCGUUUUCCGCACAGCGACUUCUCCUCUUACUUCGCGCUCUCAUCAAGCAGCCGGAUAUUAUCAUCCUCGACGAAGCCUUCUCAGGUCUGUCCGCGGACACAAGGGACAAGGCCAUGUCGUGGCUUGAAUUCGGAGAGCACAAGACACCGCGAAACACAGAAGCACUAAGCCCAUCAGACGCACAAGAAGGAAAGAAUGUCCCGUUGUUGUUCCCGGGUCUCACGCCCUCGCAAGCCCUCGUCGUGGUAAGCCACGUCAAGGAAGAAAUCCCCGACUGCGUGGACGAAUGGCUCCGUCUUCCGGGCGAGGAGGAAGUCGUCGAGAGCAGUAGGGGCGUCGAAGGCGGUCGCACACAAGAGAGGGGGUGGAUCAAAUCCCAGGACGGAUGGAUGAGGGUUUGGGGCCUAUGA